CCUUCUUCCUCCACUUCCACCGGUCUACUUUCCCGAUGCACGCAAUACAGCAACAAUAUUGGGCCGUUCGUGACUACUUAAGCCCUGUCUUGAAAGAAAGCAAAUUCAAGGAGCACGGCAGGAUUACGCCUGAGGAGUUCGUUGCGGCUGGUGACUUCCUGACCUAUAAGUUCCCCGUCUGGACAUGGGAGAAGGGUGAGGCCUCUAAAGCCCGAGAUUUCCUUCCGCCAGAUAAACAGUACCUCGUCACUCGCGGUGUCCCCUGCCUUCGUCGCGCCACCUCGCUUGCCUACACCGAUGCAGACGAAGAUGCCGAGCGACUAUUGAACUUUGGCGAUAGCUCAGCGACGGGCGACGAGGCAGACGAGUGGGUGGAGACUCAUGCAGGCCGUCCAGCAAAUCUCGACUCUGCGGCCAAUGCGGGCACGAUCGAUGAUAUCCCUGACCUGGAUGGCGAUGGUGGUGACGAGGCAGAGGGCAUUUCAAGCGGGAUAAAGGGCAUGUCGGUAUCAGAUGCAAAGGGGGGCGAUACGCCAGAUCUGGACGAUAUCCCUGAUAUGGAGGAGGAUCUGGAGGAGGACGAGGACGAGGCAACGGCAGCACCCAAGCGCACUGCUCCUACGAGUAACGUAAUUGAUGCGAGCGAGAUCGAAGUUGCAAAGGGCAAUCUGCUGCAAGUCCGGACAUACGACGUCAUGAUCACCUACGAUAAGUACUACCAAACGCCUAGAAUCUGGCUUCUGGGUUACGAUGAGAACCGGACGCCCUUGACGCCUUCACAAAUCUUUCAGGACGUCUCUGCCGACCAUGCCUUCAAGACUGUCACCAUCGAGGCUUUCCCUAAUUCUUCCACGCUCCAGGCUGCAUCCGUUCAUCCUUGCAAGCAUGCCAGCGUUAUGAAGAAGGUCAUCGAGCGUAUGAACGCAGGUGUAGUCGAGGAGCAGAAGGCCGCGCAACGGAAGUCGGGUGGGUCGAAGGAUAAGAAGAAGUGGUUUGGACGGCGCGGGAGUGGCAAUGGGAAGAUAGAUCCCGCGCCGACCGGUGAAGAAGAGGAGGUCGAAGGCAUGCGAGUCGAUUUCUAUCUCGUCGUCUUCCUCAAGUUCAUCGCUUCUAUUGUGCCGACCAUUGAGGUCGACUCGACGACAGCCUUCUGAACUGUCCCAGCGUCUCUCUCCCUUGCUAAGUCUUUUUGUUUCUCUCUUGGUUAAUUGUGAAGUCGGGUAGGAGCGAUCAUCAACAUAUCACGAACGAAUGGAUCACUUGUAUGUAUACCCAUUAGUAACCAAUCUUUUACGUGCUUUCCAAUUGCCGUUAUUGCGUACUGUACUGGUACUGAGAGGUCUCCGCUGAACUGUACACUAUAGAAUUCCGAUGAAAUAUGAUCUAUACAUCGUACUAUCCU